AUGAGCUGAACCCAGGAAUCCCACAUCAGGCACAGCAAGACCUGCAGCAGUUUGGCCUGACUCCUAUAAUUUAUCUACUCCUACGAUUUAUCUCCACCCAACAGGAGCAUGAAGACCUCCACAGCUGCCCUUGCUGUACUCCUUUUGGCUGUCCUCUGCUAUCAGGUCUCCUCUUCUCCAGAGGCUGUCAAGUUUGGUCGUUCCUGCUGCCACCGGUAUGCAACCAAUGAAGUUCCCUCGCACCGCGUGGUGACGUACGAAUAUGCAGGCAGGCACUGCCACCUGCCAGCCGUGAUAUUUAUCACAGGCCAAGGUAAGAGAGUCUGUGGCAGACCUGGUGAUAAGUGGGUCCAGGACAUCAUGAAUCACCACAACAACGCAGGCAGUGGAUAAGCAACACCCUGCUUCCUCCAAGCAUCCCCUCUGCAAGGACCUACUCUCAUGGGCACCUCUGAGACACAUCCCUGUUUUCUUAUUACUCCUGAAUUUGGCAGACUAUUUAAUACAGUGUUCAGCUCUUUAAGUUA